GGAGGUUAAUAAGGGUAAUUGAUGUUAAGUGGAGGAGAUUAAGAGGAGCAGAUUAGAAGGAGGUGGAGGAGGAAGAAGAAGAAGAGGAGGAGGAGGAACAUAACUAUUACACCACCUCAUUAACGUUAACUUAAUAAUUAGAGAGAAAAAUAAAAAAGUCAAAACGAAACAGGUAAACGAAACUUAGAAAUGAAAAUAAUGAAUGGAUGAAUAUAAAAAAGAAUAAGGAGAUAUGAAACCAAGAGAACAAACGGCAUGAUAAAAACAAAGAAAACAAAAAGAAAAAUAUGAAAAAAAGCUGAAAUACAAGAAAAAAUAGAAGAGAUAAAAAAUGAAGUGGACAUGAAACAGAAGCUACUGGGAACAUAAAAACGAAAGAAAAGAAAAGAAAAUAAGAAAAACCAACACGAAAACAAGAAAACAAAUAAAUAAACAAAUACAAAAUAGCGAAAUAAGAACAAAAUAUAGCCUGGCUACCCGCGAAAGACGGAAAGAAAGAAGAGUGAGUGCCAAGAAAGACGAGAGUGAGGUGUAAGUGCCAAGGAGGUGGUGUUGUGAGAUAGUGGCGAGGGCAGUGCCAAUGGGGGGGCGAGGUGGACGCGAGGAGUGCCAAAGGAGGGGUGGACAGUGCCAGGCUGGGGCGAGGGUGUCUGUGAGGGCAGGGAGGAAGUGGAGUGACUGAGAAGGACGCGAGGAGAGAGAAGACUAAUAUGAGUGGAUGAUUUGGGCAGUGUCAAUGUGGUAUGUGGAGUGAGAAAGUGUCUAAAUGUGGUAUGUGGAGUAAGAAAGUGUCUAGAGAGUGAUACAGGGAGUGUGAGACGGUAAGAACGUGACGGAUUUACAUUAGUGACUUACCAGCGACAUAUAGAAAAAACAAUCAGUAAAAACAUCGAAAAAAGAUAAAGAAAUAAUUAAAGACUUCUAUACUCGAAAAUAACAACAACAAAAAAACGAAAGACAGAAAAAAAACUAAAGAUACCCUACGCUAAAAUAGAGAAAAUUAAUAAAACAGGAAUUAAGGAAAAAUUGGAACAACUAAAAUAAGAUAAGCCAGACCACGCUGCCCAAGGAAUAAAUAUGUAACCUGAGCAGUGCCAAAGCGAUGUUGGAGCGUAACAGCACCUAGAGGAGGCGGAGGAGGUAGAGGUGGAGAGAGUGGAGGUGAAAUGAUGUGGGCAGUGCCAGAGAAAUGAAGAGAGGGUGCACAAGAAAGCGUAGAAAGUGACGAAGAGGAUGCAGAACGUGCCAUGCAAGUAAUCUGGACAGUGCCUGCGUGACUAAAAAGCAAAGAAAUGCCCAGAAAGUAACAUGAAUACUAGGAAAGUGAAAUGAAAACAAGAAAACAAAAAAGGUGAUUAAAAGAACUUGGGAAUGUGAAACGCAAUGAUCAAAAGAUAUACAUGAUACUGCGAUGCGUAAGAGGUAGUGCAGCGCCUCUCAGAUCAUGAAUGGUACGAAAGUGAAGUAAAAACAAGAAACCAGAGAUAAGUUACUAUAAGAACGUGGGAAUAUGAAACGCAGUGAUAAGAAAAUACACGAAAGAAGUUAAUCAGUGCCUAAGCCCGUAGAGUGUGACGUGGGGAGUGUCGGUGUAGCGAGAUGAAAUGCGGUCAGUGGCGGAACGGCCGGGAGGGUGAGACAGCUAAGAAAGUGACUAAGAGGAUGCAGAACGUACCAUGCAAGUAUCUGGGCAGUGCCGGUGUGACUAUAUAAGGAAAACAGUGCCCCCAAAACCAUAGAUAGUACGAAAGUGAAGUGAAAACGAGAAAACAAAAAAAAAGGUGAUGAAAAGAACGUGUGGGAAUGUAAAACGCAAUUCUCAAGAGAUGCGGGUGAUUGUGACGUGACAUAAGCAGUAAAACAUGAAUCGUAUGUAAAUGAAGUGGAAAUGGGACCCCCCAAAUAAAGGAAAAAUAAAAUAAAACGUGGGUAUGUGAAACGCAAUGAUUAAAAGAUAGCUACACGUCAUAUCAAACGGGGGUCAGAUAUUAAUUAGUGCCUAGAAAGUGAUGUAGAGGGUGUCAGUGCUGCGAAUGCAGUGGAGAUAACAACAGUGAUGUGACGAAGUGAAGGAAGGAAAGAAGGAAUGAAGGAAGGAAUGGAGGAGAGACGGACACAUGGACAGAGAUAGACAGACAGAGAGAUAGACAGUCGAUAGGAAAGUGACUAUUAACAUUAGCGCCUUGCCCUCGACAGAAAAAGAGGACAAAAAUAAACAGUAAAAAAAAAGAUAAAAAAACAAAUACAAAGAAUUUAGAAGUAGCAAAAACAAUAACAAAAGCGGAAAACAAUUAAAGCUAAAAUACACUUUAAUAGAAAAAAUGAAUGAAAACAAAAAAAUGACGAAGAAAUAAGAAAAAAAACCUAGAGAGUAAAGAAAGACGCAAUAGCCUAAAUAAAACCGCAAAUAUGACCUCAUCCUCUUCUCCUUCAGUGACCCAACUUAACCCCUGACUAAAGGAGGCAAGAAAGAGGAGGGGGGGUAGGAGGAGGAGGAGGAGGAGGGGGAGGAAGGAGGAGGAGGGGGAGGAAAGUGGAGAGGAAAUAGAGGAGAGUAAGGAGUAAGUAAAGAGAGAGAGAGAGAGAGAGAGAGAGAGAGAGAGAGAGAGAGAGAGAGAGAGAGAGAGAGAGAGAGAGAGAGAGAGAGAGAGAUCCGUGACGCAGUGCAGAGAAAGUGAACGGAGGGUCGGUUGUGUCUAACAGAAAUGGGAAACUCGUCCAGAAUAUAGGGACUGAGACGGGGAGGAGAGGAGGAGGAGGAGGAGGAGGAGGAGGAGGAGGAGGAGGGGGAGGUGCUAGUGGCCAAAGAGAGGUGGAGGACGAGGACGAGGAGGAGGAAGAAGAAGAGAACGAAGACAAAAAAGACAGAUAGCAUCCUCAUAGAAAUAAGGAAAUAAGGGGAGGAGGAGGAGGAGGAGGAGGAGGAGGAGGAGGAGGAGGUGAAGGAGGAUAGUGGAGGAAAACAAACUAUAAAAGAAAGAGAAAGUGUGUGAGAGAAAACAAAGACAAACUCUCGAAGAAGAAAGGAAGUUCCAAGAAAAAAAUAAAGAAGAAAAGAGGAAAAGAAAGAAGACAAAAAAGGAGAGAGCGAGAGGAGACAAGAACAGCGAGAAAGGAUACCAGUUCUUCUUCUUCUUCUUCUUCUUCUAUUUCAAGAGCGCCUUCGGACGCUAAAAUUAUGUGAGGGAGUGACAGAUGUCCGCGAACCCAACACGGUCAUGGGACGUAGAAUGAUCGCCAACAGUAUGGAACAAAAUGAAUGGAAAGUUCCCCCCGACAACACGGUCCAGGUGGUGGACCCCAUGGGCAUGAAUGAGAGCUACCUUGAAUAUCUUGAAUACCUGCGGAAGGAGGAGGAGGAAGCCGAGGGUCCCAAGAGAAACUGGGCUGGCAUCUUCAUCUCGCUGGGCAUCAUCUCCUUCGUGCUCAUCAUGGUCACGGUCGCCACCUUCAUCGUUGGAGAGCCGACGCCACCUUUCUACGGCCGCCGCCUCGUCAUCACCGACCUCCAGAACCCCGACCUCAUGGCCUCGGCGAUGGGCACGCAGUGGGUCGCCGACAACCAGCUGGCGUACCUGUCGGAGGGUCAAGGCAUACGCAUCCUCAACCUUCGAUCGAGACUCAACACCACGCUCGUCACCAACAUAGCGCUGCACCAGACGGGCGCCGAGGAGUUCAUGGUGUCGCCCGACCUUCGCUACGUGUUACUGGUGCAUGAUGUCAUCAAGGGUCGGCUGUACACGCGGACGGCGGAAUACAGCAUCUAUGACGUCACCACAGACCACUAUUACCCCCUCAAGCUGUGGCGGCACGACGUGGGGCAGCCGCGGUACCAGCACGCCGCCUGGGUGGGGGACACGGGCGCCAAGCUGGUGGUGGUGCACGAGGCCAACCUGUACCUACUGCCUGCGCCCAACCACAACCCCGUCACGCUCACCACCGACGCCACGCCCGACCUCCUCUACAACGGCGUGCCCGACAUCCUUUACGAGGAGAUCCUGGGCCGGAACAACGCCGUGUGGCCGAGUCCUGGGGGGCAGUACCUGGCGGCGGCGUCCUUCAACGAGUCCGGGGUGCGGGAGCUGCCCGUACUGGUCUACUCCGAGAACGUGUACCCGACCGUCCACACGCUGCGGUACCCGACCGUGAACACGCCCAUCCCCGAGGUGUGGGUGUGGGUGUACGACCUCACCAGCAACAAGAUCCCGCGGCCCAGAACGCGGCUCGUCCCGCCCGAGCCCAUCACAGAAUCCCACUACUUGGUCAGCAUGGGCUGGGUCAACGCGUCGACGGUGUGGGCGUCGUGGGCCUCGCGUGACCAGAGCACCGCCGUCCUGGCCACCUGUGAACAUCCGUCAUGGAACUGCUCUCUGGUGCACGUCAACCACAAGGAGGGCGGCGGCGUAUCCCCGGUGGUGGGCUCCGUGGUGUGGGCGGGGAGCUGGGCUGUGUUCCCCUGGUCCGUCCGCACCCUCUCCGGCGCCUGGCACAACCACGUGGCUCUUGUGGGUGCCAAGGAGGGCCGCCACGCGCCCCUGCCCCUGGAGGAGUACCACGUGACGCAGGUGCUCGGCUACGACACCAACAGGAGCCUCGUGUACUUCAGGGGCUCAGAGCUUCAGAACGGGGCGGGGCGGCAGCAAGUGUACAGUGUUUAUAAGGAGGACCAGAAGGUGAACUGCGUGACCUGCCUCCUCGGGUGCCCUUACGUGGAGGCCGACCCCAACCCCGCGCUCACCUACAUGAUCGUCACCUGCCUGGGCGCCGACCUCCCCUCCACACACCUGUUGCGCCUCGCCACCAAUAAGACGCGAGCGAGAACGACCGCCCUCCACAAGCAAGAUAAACUCAGGGUGGCGCUUAAUGACCUGGCCCUCCCGGUGGUGAUCUCCCUGGACGUGGCCCUCGAGCCCGCCCUGCACGCCGCGGUCACCCUCACCCUCCCGCCGGGCUGGUCAACAGAGGACGACACGCUGCUCUACCCGCUGGUCGUGCAGAUGGUCGGGCCGAGCGAGUGGAACGUGGAGCACCCGCUGUGGCACCUGGGCUGGCGGGAGUACCUGUCUUCCGGGCACCAGGUGGCCCACGCGAAGGUGCUGCUGUGGGGGAGCGACCCGUCCACGCGCUCCUCCACGCACACGCUGGCGAUGCACAUGGCCAAGGUGGUGAGGAAGAUGCUGGAGCAGUUCGACUUCCUGGAUCCCAAUAACGUGGCGGCGUGGGGAUGGGGCUCCGGCGCCUCCCUCGCCCUCGACGCCACCGCCCUCGAGCCCACCCUCCUCAAGUGUGUCGCCGCCGUCAACCCCGUGGUGGACUGGCGCGCCCACGGGUCCUUCUGGGCGGAGCGACUACUUGGGUCGUCCGACAGCGAGGGGUCCGGGCGCCGCUACGAGGACAGUGACCUGACACGCCUGGCGCCCUCCCUCGGCUCGGGCCGCGUGCUGCUGGCCCACGGCACCCGGGACCCCGCCGCCCACCACGCCUUCCUGAUGGCCCACGCCCUCAUCUCCAGCGAGUCUUACUUCACGCAUGUGGUGUACCCGGACAUGAGCUACCCGCUGCUCCCGGGUCGCUACCACCUACAAGGCGAGCUGGACCGAUUCAUCCUGCAGCGGGGCUGUGUGGGACGCCCGCUCGAAAGGAAGGUCACCCUCGACUGGGGCUAACGGAUACCCCCACUACCGCCUCCGCCUCCAAGAGGUCUAUACCGACGACGACUACAUGCUCGACCUCAACCGCUACCACCUCAUGAACGCCUUCAAAAAGUUCUUCUUCAGCUGCCUCCACGACCCGCUUGUCUACGAACUUCAGGAGCAGUGACUCGCCGCCACGCCCAGCCGCCCCGCCACCCAGCCCGCCGCCCAGCCCGCCAGGAACCCAAGACAAAAUGAUCUUUCCACAUGUCUACCUACCUCCACGCCUUCAGCUGUGGGUUGCCCCAUGGUGCAGAGGGAUGGAGGGAUGCUGCUCAGUGUCGGGAGAUGCAGAAACCCUCGGUGGACGGAGUACUGGCGAUGUAAAGAGCGAAAAGGAUAGAGUCACGAGGUCAGAGGAAGGUGAACACACGCGGCGUUGGCGGAAGCUCACAAUGGACUGUCGACUUUUUUUUACCGUUUUUCUUGUUUUUUUCACUUGUUUUGCCCGUCCUGCCGUGUAUAUUUGUACGUGUAUAUAUGUGUGUCUGUGCCCGCAACAUUGUAUAUCUAUAAGUUUGUUUGAGAGAGAGAGAGAGAGAGAGAGAGAGAGAGAGAGAGGGAGUGUGUCAGCAGUUUCUCCGUUCCGUUAUCUCGUGAAGCAAUAAAUACGAAACAGCGAGACGUGUAAAUAAACGAAGCAGUGUAAUAAUUAACCAUAAGACAAACUAGAAGACGAAGUACUACAUGCGUAUAAAACGAAGGAAAGUCUUCUGCAAUAUAAGAAACCGAAGAGUGGAAGUGUUAGACAUGUAUAUAUUAUAGUACACAGAUAUAUUUCCUCUUGUAUAUCUAUUUUUCCCCUCGUAACCUCAUUCCUAUAACUAGCCAUUCGAAAUACCUAUUCUAGUUACCUCGUACACGCCUAUUUUCUUCUCCCUCUCACAAUCAAGUCUUAGGGUCGGAAAUCACUCGGGAAUCGUACGUACAGUCAGCCUUAUCGCCUUUCCUAUAGCCUCUUAUACACUCCCGUCUUGGCCUUCAUUGUGUGUGUGUAUGUGUGUUACGUACAUGUGUAGACCACCAUUCCUCAGUAGCCCUAGCUCUUGUGCGUGUGUGUGUGUGUGUGUGUGUGUGUGUGUGUGUGUGUGUUCUACUUUUACCUUUUCAUUAAUUAAGUUUCUAUGAAUAAAAAAAAGUUAGAUCUAAGUUCUGUUAUUUUGUUAUCUCUUGUUUUAUCAUAACCCACAAGUCAUCGUCGAUAGCAUUACUACUACUACUACUAUUACUACUACUAUUACUAUUACUACUACUACUACUAUUACUAUCACUACUACUACUACUACUACUACUACUACUACUACUACUACUACUACUACUACUACUACUAUACUGCUACUACUACUGCUACUAUAUUAAUUAAAGAAAUACCAAUGAUUUUUGUACUGCAAUCAAGACAGUUUUAUAAGGGUAACUAGAUUCAUAAAACACAGGAAGACAGAUAGAUACGUAGAGAUAAAUAGUUAAAUAUAAUUAGAUUAUUUGUUGCAUAUUUAAGCGAGAGAGAGAGAGAGAGAGAGAGAGAGAGAGAGAGAGAGAGAGAGAGAGAGAGAGAGAGAGAGAGAGAGAGAGAGAAUUUCCUUUGCAACAUGAUUAAGCACUAGCAUCUUCGUGUGUGUGUGUGUGUGUGUGUGUGUGUGUGUGUGUGUGUGUCACUUAAAAGCAAGUAAUAGUUAAUUACUAGUAAUAAUAUUAUUAGUAAUAAUAUUGUUAUCAUUGUCAUCUUCAUUGCCAUUGUCAUCAUCUAGUGGUUUUGUACAUCAUAAAUACAACUAUCGUAAAGUAUCUCUAUAGGUUAGAGGCACUGUCCGUUGACUUCACUCUUCAGUCUUGCCUAUCGACUCAUAAGACAACAAACAUGUACUACAUAUAUAUAGAAUAACUACAGUAUAUAUAUUUUGGACUCGCGUCGGCAUGCCCUCCACACAGAAAUGUUUAAUAUUAUGGCCCAGCAACUCUGUGGAUGAAAGGAGGUUGUGUCCUUCUUUACCCUUGCCGGGGUGAUCUUAUUAACACACCCAGGACGGACGACUGGGCUAUUCCGUUAUAUAUAUAAAAAAACAUGGCUUCUGGACGGUUAUAUUAUGAAUUUUAUUGCAUUUGUUUCGCUUUUUUUUUUCCUUGUUCAGGAGCACCUUACUUUAUUAUAGGUAUUAUUACCAGCAUAU